AUGGCGCGCUACAAGACGGACGUCGUGUCGUCCUUCUUCAUGGGCGUCAACGUCGGCUCUGUGGAGGACCCCAAAUUCCCUCUGAGAAUCCACGUGAGGGAAGUGCUCAGGGAAACGUUCAUUGGGAACGUCCUCAAUACAUUGGCCCUAUUCGCUCCGAAGCUACUGUACGCCUUACAUCUCCGGGCUGGCAACAAGAGAGUGGAGGACUACUUCAUAAAGAACACAGAAGAGCUAAUGAAGCACCGAAAGGCAAAUGGCAUCGUGCGGAACGACGUAGUUGACUUGCCCAUGAAAAUCAAGGAUGGCCAACUGUUCGAUGACGAGGAUUCCAAAGAAGAGCUUGCGGAUGAGAAAGCAUUCAGUAAGCUGCUGCAGGAAGAGGUACGCCAGCACAGGCGGCAGGUGCUGAAGAAACACGGUGGUCAGCCCACGUACGAGGCCGUCAGCCAGAUGGCUGAUCUCACCAACGUCGUCAACGGCAUGUGGGUGGGUUAUGUGCAAGUGAAACUGGGUCUCGUGCACAUCCUCAACAGCUUCGAAGUUCACCCAGCGCCUGAGACACCCAGCAGCUUGCGUUACCAACCGUCCGAAUUCAUUGGAACUCCAGCUGGAAAAGUUCCCCUAUGUUUCAGAAAAAUCUCCAUGUCGUGA